CUCGCUGCUUGGACGGGCGCUGCGGCAGUGUGAGGCCGUGGGUGACUUAAACUUCUCACCCGCUUCCUUCCACCACACCUCGCGACAUCGAGGGAGCCUACUAGUGACUGCAACGAAACUGCUGCUGUGUGUAGGAGUCGGCCGCCUGGGGAACAUCGCGUUCCUGUCUAGCCUCGCCAAGUUUGCAGUCGAACUAGCUGCUGAGACAUCCUCCCGCCAUCCGAGAUACCCCUCUCACAUCUCACACCGUCACAAAAGAGCUGGGCUCCGAGAAGCUGUUGACCCUCUCGUGUGUGGCCUCGAGCUCUCCCCGGCGAAUCACACUGGCAGCACUUCGACGAGGCUCCGACUGCCUCCCACUGGUCGAGACUCAAGCAGCCGAUCCUCUGACAGGAUACCCGCGCAUACAACAGCACUUGCUGCAGAUACUCGCGCAAACCUAAUCCCAGAACGCCCACGCGCAUGCGACGGAGAUUAUCCAUCUUCCUUCGCAGCGCCCCCAACGACCACUUUACUUACACAGCACUUCCUUUCUGUCGCAACCAGAGUGUCUUUGUCCACCUUCUGCUCUGUUGCUUCUCCAGCCCUCCACCACCUCGUGCGGACCUGCCCUCUUGGCCAGUCAUAUUGAAGCAAGACCCGACCAGACGGAGCCAGGCCCCGGUUAAGAUACACACCCCUUCCGCCUGGUGCAGAUCUCUGCGAGCCCGGCCAUUUCAUCCAGUGCUUCUCUCGAAUUCUUCUCGAAGGCCUGUUGCCUGUGCCUUUUUUUUCUCUUGUUUUUCUUUGGACACACCCAUCAAUCCAUCCUCGGGCUGUACUUGGUCUUUCUGUCCCAUCGCCUGCUCGGCUUGGAGCCUUGUCCCUGUCUAGCUGCACCUCCCUGGUGCUAGCAACCCUACCUUAACAUCGACGGCUUGUAAGCUCCCAUAAUAUCUACCCACCUGCCACCUGCCUGCCCCUCCCCCGGGUCUCGUCCUUCCCCAGGGAGCUUCCACAGCAGGCGCGCCGUCACCAACUGGGCAAAUUUUGGUGGCCAACACCCGGCGACCGCCAUCACCACCUUUCAGUCUGCCUCGCUUCGCCCGACGGCCGGUUUCCGGGGCCCUCGUCAUCGCCGCCUCCCAGCGCGGUCGCACCGUGACCGCUCCACCCUGGAUGUCGCAUUGAGCACCCUGGUCUGUCCCACGACUCGGCUUUGGCGACGACACGAGCUUCUCAGCCUCGUCCGGCACCAAUUGCUCGGAGCCCUGGCGAUAUCCCAGUCAUGGCUCUCGAGGCACCACUCAGGUCAUCUACGGGAAAUUUAGUCUCUCCUUUCUCUCCGUUCAAAAAUAUGUCGACUCCGACUCCAAUGGACUCCCAAACUCUUCGGCCCACCUCUUACGUGAGGCCGCACUCGGCACAUCUUUUGAGCCCCACCAGUGAUAUUGUUGGCCCCUCCCCCGUGACCUCGAACGGCACAGAGACAACAGAGAUCGACGAUGAAGCACAGUCGGAGACCAGCGACCAAGUCUCGGUGUCAGAGUCCGAAGGCCCGCCUCAGCUCAAAAUGCUCAGGACAAACCUCCCGGAUGCCAUGCGAACAGGCUCGAGUGACGAGGCGGUCUCGGUCAUACACGCUCCGGAGAGCUUUCACCAAUGGGCGUCGUCAGACCCAAAUAAGCCUGGCGAGAGACCGAAGGACCUGCUCAGUCCUCCCGAGAGCGAAGCAUCUGUCAAGGACAAUCAUCUAGGCCACCCAACGCCUCCUCCUAUCUCGACGAACGUGAAGCCGUCAAGAUAUUCCUUGGACAACGCCACGCCUCAGGCUCAAAAGCUACAAGAUGUCUUUGAUUCAUCUCGGUUACGAUCCAGCAGCACGAGCAGUCUCGAAUUGAUCCCCGAAAUCCACGAAGGAGACACCGACGCCGAACCAGAUUCUGCUACCAGUGAACGAUUCGUAACGCCACAUGUUAUAGAGGAGGAACCCGAAAUCAGGGCUCUACGAGCCGCCUUGGAGGAGUGUUGGACGUUGUGCAACACGUUGGCAAAUCUCAGCUCCAUCCACAGAGAGCGGGUCUUCAACAGUUCCGGAACGCCGGAUGCACACGAGAAAGCCUGGAAGAGCUGUUGGAAGCUCUGCCAGAAACUGUAUAACAGCCGGGACGAAGCUGUCGAGCAGCUCAAUGGGCGGGCGAACUUGGACCUGUGCCGGGACUUCUGCCAGUCGCUGUUUGAUGUACGGCAACGGAAGGACGAGGUUGGCGACUCUGUGCUCAGAGUCAGUUUUGAGCUAAAUAACCAUCUCUACAGUGCCCAGGACAGCCGAAACUUGCCAGAAGCAUUCCGCGAGAGGACAUUGGACUUCUAUAUCACCCUUUGCCACCGCCUCAUGAAGCAGCGGAGCGAGCUGGCGGAAGAGACUGAUUCGCUGCUCCGGGCGUGCUGGUCCUUGGCCGAGAUGCUGUUCAGCCUGCGGCAGAACUCCCGUGACGGCAAGGCACCGGAUGAAGAGCUUCUGGGGUCAGCAGUGCAAGCCUGCUGGGAACUUUGCGACAUCUUCAGAGAGGGAUGGACGCAGGUGAGGCCAGACCGAGGCACCCCACGACCGAGCCAGAUCAAUUUCUUCCAGGCCUCUGAUGUUCGAUCGACCACGAGCCGCUCGUCCAUGCAUUCGAAACGCGACAGCUUGAAGAGCAUGCCCGAUGAGCAGCCACCACCGCGCCGGACGAAGCAGCCACCACCCGUGCCCGAGACACCAGUGACCGAAUUCGAGGACACGGGUGACACGCCCAUCUCGCCGGGCAGCGAGAGCCCGCAGAUGCCCAACAUUCUCGUCCUAGGCACCAACCCGGAGGGCGGCAGCCAGGGCGGGUCGCGAGGCGGCCGGUGGUCAAGCAGCGCGAGCAACCUGUCCAGCUACUCGCAGUCGAGUGCCAGGACGAGCAGUACGGCGACGACCACGGCGACGUCGGCCGAGGACGUCAACGUGACGCGGAUCAAGAUGCUGAUCCUCAAGGCGGCCAUGAACAUUGGGUUCAGCCGCGAGGGCGGCGACAAUGGCACGUCGUCGCUGCAGGCGUUCGUGCAGAAGCUCCCCACGGGCUCGUUCGGGUCCCUCCCGCAGCACGCGACGCUGCUGCAGAACUACAAGAACCUGGUCCUGGCCGACACCACGUUCCGCACCGCGGCGUCGCUUCCCGGCCGUGGCAAGCGGGUCAGCGCCACCGACGUCGCCAAGAGCGUCGGGUGGAUGACGCUGCGGUCGGGCCAGUAUGGGUUCCUGAGGGAUCUGUUCCGGCUUGUCUAUGGGUUCCCCUUGGAAGAGGCGGACAAUAGGAAGAAUGUUAGCAUCGCUGUGUGAGAGGGCGCCGCCCCAUCCCAAACGGUGCAACACACGGCGCAAAUCAAAUGCUCCGGAACAGCCACGCCACAGUUGGAGGGACGACAUCCACCCCACGACCCAUCCACCAUACACUUUACCUUAUUUACAGCAGUCGGCGGCGGAUAUCUCGCGAUAUAUUUCUAAAAGUUGCACAUUUGGAGCGGCCUUCUUAACGAUACAUGACUUUUCUUCAUCCUCCACACAGGCGCGGGGCACUCGCGGACAGAGGCACACAAUACUCGACAUGACCGCGUGUGUCGCGCAGCCUGACCAGCGACCAACCAAACCCUUCUCCCCCAACGUUUCCAUCUAUAUCUCCAGCCAACUCGUUUCUCGACUCCAAAGCACGAUACCCCCUUCUAUACGGAUGGCUCAAUUGUCCUUGAUGAUGCUUUCUUGUUUUCUUGCUUCACAGGUGUAAAGGGGAGGGGGAGGCAAAAUUUGCUCUUUUGCUGUUGGCCUACGUUUCUACACAUAUAUCUAUCUACCUACCCCUAUUUUUACUUGGAGGCCUUUUUGUAUGGGGUUUCGAGCUUUCACGCAGUACAGCACGUCAAUACAUUACAGAACAUUAAAGUCUCUCGCUUGAAGCCCAACAGGAACUGGAGCGGACUGUGACAUGCUUCUUGUGUUUUCUUUGGGGGCUCGCUCGCACUCGAGGAAGAAGGUCCGGUUUGGCACAGCAUGACUGCCUGCCACAUACUGUACAGGGACAUGCUGCGAGCUGUAAGUGAGGUGGCGAUUCGACGGCGUCCCUGGGUGGGUGGAGACACAUUCGUCCUCGACACUGUUCACAUCUGGCGUCUGGACCCCAUCGGCCCCUGCGCAUUUCACACGGCAACGCCACAAGCAGGGGGGGGACAUCAACCUGGCGGACAUGUUUAUCUGAUGGGCUGCUGUUUCCGUGAUGGGCUGUGACAAUAUCUGAGUUCCUAUUUGACGCGGCCGCUCUUUCCCAGCCAUAGCCCAAACAUCCGAUCGUCCUCCCACCUGCAUGCGCAUUUAUUGUCUUCAGCCAGCGCGGCUACAGGGGACGAGGACGAGGUCGGUGUGGUGUGCAUUACCUAGGCAAGUG